AUGCCUACAAACGCCAUCAUAACAGCAUUACAAGCAAGAUCAGAUACUCAGGAGAUCCAAGUGCGGGUGGGCCGGAUAUGGGAGGCAAUUAACAGGAAUAACAAGACGGUCCUUUACACAAAUGUCAUCCUCAUGGAUCAGCAGGAUGAUCACGUACUGGCUAUAAUCCGAAACAACCAGAGGCACUUGCUCCUCCCUCAACUCAAGGAACAAGGUGUCUACAACAUUUCAAAUUUCAAGGUCGUCCCCGGACCUGCGUCCUACAGAAGCGUUGAUAUGGACAUGUCCAUCAACUUCUUCUAUAAGACCAAGAUUGAAGAAACAGAAGACAACCAGAGCAUUCCACAAUACAAAUUUGAGCUCCAGCCAUUCGACAAGGUGCAAGGCUUGGUGGGCCAAAUUAAAAACCUUAUAGAUGUGGUUGGUAUGGUCACAAGCAUCGGACGGCUGGAGAAAAGGACAAAUGGAGCGGAAAAGAUGGAUGUGGCUCUCACUGACAGCAGGAAUGAGAAAAUGAUAGUGACAUUGUGGGAAGACAGAGCAUAUCAAUUCCAGGAGAGCCUCCAGAACACAGGCCAAUCACCGAUAUUUGUUGUCAUUACUGGACUACUAGCAAAGAAAUUCUCAGGUAUCUCACAACAAAUUAUGACCUUCAAGCACAAUUCUUUUAAAGGAACAGAUAAGGCAUCUCUAUUGAGCACUGAUGCAACAAAAACCUAUUUUGAUAUUGAUUACAAACCACUCAAGGAUUUGAAGAAGGCACUGUAUGAUGCAAGUGCUAAAUCUGGAGUCGGGCUGUUACCUCCAACAAACGUUCACUUUGUAACCGCAGACGAAAAAAGCGCCAAACAGCUCCAUAUUAAAGAUGUCCUGGACAUGGAGAUUCCACCCGGAAAAGAUCAAGUACGCGGCCUGUGCACGGCAACAAUAACAGGAAUAAUGGAGGGAAACGGGUGGCUAUAUAAUUGCUGCUCAAAAUGUGCCCGAGCUGUGCACCCUACCGAAGGAAAAUAUUUCUGCGCCGCUUGCAACGAUGACAACAUAACGGUUUCACAGAGGUAUAGGGUCAUAGCUGCCAUCAAGGAUGACACUGGAACAACAACGGUGACGCUGUUCAACAAAGAAGCAGAACAGCUUAUUGGAGCUCCAAUUCAGAAGCUCAUUAAGGAACUAACCGAGGGAACAGAUUUGGAAGAAAUCCCCCCUUCAGUCAAAAACAUCGUAGGGAAGUUAUGUGCAUUCCAAAUAAAGAUCAACAACUACAAUAUAACACAUGGCUGUGAGGAGUAUACCGUUACACGCGUCUCAGAAUGCUCAAAUGCUGAAGCUGGCAGUUCUGACGCUGUCGAUGCUGGCCACAAGGACAAGAGGAUUAGGUUGGGUUGA